ACUGGAGCCAGAAUCUGCAGCCUAGAGCUUUACAGAGGCUGUUCCUCAUACCGAACAGCAGCAGGCACAGGUAACGCCAGGACUGUUACGAUGCCCGGAAUCUACAUGCUGAUGGCCGUGUUGGCCUACGUCGUGGCCCAACAACCUGAGGAACCCGUGACUUACACGGCGAGUGUUUUUAUAAAAGAUUCGGAACGUGUUGCGGCUUGCCAAGUAACAGUAUUCUCUUAUCAACAGUGCACGGACGGUUAUGAGUAUGAUCCUGUCAAGCAAGUGUGCAAAGACAUUGACGAGUGUUCUAUCGUUGCUGAUGCCUGCAAAGGAGGAAUGAAAUGCUACAACCACUUCGGUGGAUACCUCUGCCUGCCGCAGAACGCUCAGAUCUUUGUGAGCAGCGAUACCGUCACCCCACAGCCGACCGAUCCUCCAACCCCGCCACCCCCUCCAAACCCAAACCCGAACCCUCCAGUUCCAAAUCCACAGCCGCCUCAUCGCCGGGUUCCCAGCCACUUCAGACCCAUACGCUGCUCUGCCGGCUUUUAUGUGGAUGAGCAGAAUUACUGCAGAGAUAUAAACGAGUGUCAAGUGAGUCAACCAUGCAAUCAGCAGUGCUACAACAUUAUGGGCUCUUUUAUCUGCAAUUGUAACCAGGGCUAUGAGCUGGCACCAGACUCUGUCACCUGUGUAGACAUUGACGAAUGCACUUACUCCCAAUACAUGUGCCAGUACGCCUGCGUAAACACCCCUAGUGAAUAUUACUGCACCUGCCCCGAUGGAUACCAGCUCCAGGGAACAAGAACAUGUCAAGACAUCAACGAGUGUGAAACAGGUCACGAAUGCAGAGAAGAAGAGAUGUGCUGGAACUAUUUCGGAGGCUUCCGGUGUUACCUCAAAAACCCCUGUCAGGACCCUUAUGUGCAGACAUCAGAGAACCGCUGUAUGUGCCAAUCGCAGAGUACAUGUCGGGGCUUGCCUCAGUCCAUCAUUUACAAGUAUAUGAACAUUCACUCCGAGCGUACCGUACCGGCGGAUAUCUUCCAGAUCCAAGCCACCAGCCUUUAUCCCAACACACAUAAUACCUUCAGGAUCAGAGCCGGCAAUGACGGGGGAGAAUUCUUCCUAAGGCGUUCCAGUAACGUCAGCGCGAUGCUGGUGUUGACCAAGUCUCUAGAGGGUCCUUUGGAGAAAAUCAUCGAUCUAGAGAUGAUCACCCACCACACAGUCUCAAACUAUCGCGCCAGCUCCUUAUUACGGCUCACUAUUAUCGUAGGACCCUACACCUUCUAAUACCCAUCACUACUGCCG